AUGCCCGCUCGUCCCACCCUGAAGACCGUGCCCGCUACAGCACCCAUCGAGGAGAUCCUCGCUAUCUUACACGAGGAUGGAGCCAUAGUCCUGUCAGACUUCGCCUCCGAAGCUGAAGUAGACGCGCUCAAUGCCAAAUCCAAGCCGUUCUUCGAUAAGCAAGAAGCGGAGGGUGUGGCGGAGCACAAGAUCAAAGGGUUCCGCGCGAGCAAUACGACUGUGUUCUACGAUCUGAUUGGAGAGAUUCCGGAGGAUACUAGCAAGCUACUGCAGAGGAAGGUCUGGCAUCAAGUCAUGAACGAGUUUCUCAGACAUGAUCAAUGGGAGUGGUACGGCAAGGAAAAGAUCGCCAGGAAGGGAGAAUACUGGCUCCACACAUCUAUCGCAUACAAGGUCAUGCCCGGCGCAGGAGCUCAGAUGCUGCAUCGGGAUCAAGGAUCGACCAUGAUCCAACGUACCGGUCCAGAAAGCCUGACCAACAUGGUGUCGACCUUCGUGGCUGGCUGCGAUGUGACCGCCAAGAAUGGCGGGACGCACGUCAUUCCCGGCUCACAUAAAUGGCCUCAGGAUCGCGCACCAACACCGGAAGAGUGUGCUAUCGUCGAGAUGAAGAAAGCCAUCUGGCUCGGCCAGAUCUUCCACGGCGCCGGUCCCAACGUAUGCGACCCCUCAGAUCCAGACGCCCUUCGAAUCAUAUAUGGUCUCUUUGCGUGUGCAGACCAUUUCCGUCAAGGCGAAGCCACGACCUUGGCCUGCAAGCCCGAAGAAUACAUGAAGAUGACACCAGAGGUCCUGAAACUGCUGGGGUUCUACAAGUCCCAGAAUGGGUCGGGGCAUCUCAAGGGCAAGAAUCCGGUCGAUGUGUGGGAGGGAUUGCAGGGCUAUUCAGGUGGGGAGUGGAAGUAUGUUCAGGCUUGA